ACAUGUAAAUUAACAUAAUCAGAAAUGAAAAGGAGAACAUAAUAAUGGAACAUAACUUAGGAAAUCCAGAGAAUCAUCAGGUCAUACUUUGAAAAUCUAUAAACCAGGGAAAGGGGCUGGCGAUCGCACACAGCACAUUCAGGGUGGGGAUGGCAGCAGCACUGGCAGCUGUUGCAGGGAGCGGGAUGCCCAGAAAGGAGGAGGCUCCCUGAGGGGAGGUAGCAGCUAUGCAUACCCAAACCCCAACGAGUUCACUCGGGGCUCUCCAGGCUGCCUCUGGCGAAAGAGUAAAGGCUUUGGUGAAGGCAGACCCUGAAGUAAACUCAGGUGAGGAAGCCAUCUUUAUCCUGGCGCAGACCGCGGAGCUGUUCGUGGAAACGAUUGCAAAAGUUGCCUACUGCUGUGCUCAACAAGGAAAGAGGAAAACCCUCCAGAGGAGAGAUUUGGAUAAUGCAAUAGAAGCCGUGGGUGAAUUUGCUUUUCUAGAAGGGCCUUGGAUUGAUUGAGGAGCUGAAUGAUUUUGUGAGCCUUUGCUGCAUCCUUCAUCAUUCCCUGUGCAAGCCUCAGCAUUGGAGAGAGUCUGUGUGUGUACAAAUCUUCUUGUUCUACUUUACCCACGCUACAAGACAAGAAAUCUCUGAUACAUUCUCCACAAAGGCUUCCAUUAUUCGAGACUGUCUUCCAGUUCAGGCCUGGAUGUAGCUGAUGCUGCUUGGGGCAGAGAUGAAAGGACUGUUCUGCAUAAGUGGCUCAGUGAUGGAGGAAGACCAGGAUAAAGGUCUUUGGUCAGCUUCAUUCCUGUUUUACAGUUUUGCCUUUGCUCUUGCCCUGUGACUGGAGAAACAAGCAAACAGACACAGACUUCCCUCAUCUUCUACCAACCAUCCUGAAUCAGCCUUUUUUAUUAACUUUGUUCUUUCUCAGUAUGUCAUUGGAAAGUGGGUCUAUAAUUUAUGUGAUACCACUUCUCCUUAGGGGUCAAAUCAAUGUGGUCCUCACAGUUUCAUUGAAGUAUAAUUCAUGUGUCACAAACAAUUUAAACUAAAUCUCAGUGCUUUUAUGAAUAUUCAUAGAUAUAUAUAGC